AUGUUCUGCGCCUCAAAACACAUCUUCGGUCGGCUGGCCCCCCUGCGCGGCGCCACAACAUCCUUAACCUCAUCUUCAACUUCAACCUCUCUCCGUCCGUCCUUCUUCCCUUCCAGAUCUCUUACUCGAUCCCGUCUCUUCGCUUCCAUCAAAGAUCUUUAUUACUACAAUAACUCUUCUUCUUCAUCAUCUCCCAAAUCCUUCUCUUCAAUCUCAUCAUCACCAUCACCAGACGACAAAGACUUCGUCAAAAUCGUCGAAGUGGGUCCUCGCGAUGGCCUUCAAAACGAAAAAACCAUUGUCCCGCUGGACACCAAAAUCUCAUUGAUCGAAAAACUCAGCACCACGGGAUUAAGAGUCAUCGAAGCCGGUAGCUUCGUUGCUCCGAAAUGGGUUCCUCAGAUGGCAGACUCAACCUCAAUCCUCUCCCACCUCCUCCGUUCCCCACCCCCAUCCCCACAACCAGUAACCUACCCAUUCCUCGUUCCAAACCUCAAAGGUCUAGAAUCCGCCCUACCACGCACAACACCCCCACCCCCACAAGCAGGCGUCUCAGAAAUCUCCAUCUUCGCCUCAGCAUCCGAAGGUUUCUCCCUCAAAAACCUCAACUGCGACAUCGCCACCUCCUUCGAACGUUUCCAACCAGUCGUAAAAAGGGCAUUAGAAAACAACAUAAAAGUCCGAGGAUACGUUUCCAUGGUAAUCGCCUGUCCUUACUCCGGUGAUACACCACCGGAGAAAGUAGUGGAAGUUACGAAGAAGCUGUUGGAAAUGGGAUGUUAUGAGGUUUCGUUGGGGGAUACGACGGGAGUGGGGAAUCCUUAUAGUAUUGAUGUACUUAUGAAAGCGUUGAUUGAGGGAGGGGUACCGGUUGAGAAGCUUGCUUGUCAUUUUCAUGAUACUUACGGUCAGGCUAUUGUGAAUUGUAUGGUGGGGUUGGCUAAUGGGGUUAGGGUCUUUGAUAGUAGCGUUGCUGGGUUGGGAGGUUGUCCUUAUGCGAAGGGGGCGACGGGGAAUGUUGCUACUGAGGAUUUAGUGUAUUUUCUACACAGCGUGGGGAUGAAGACAGGGGUCGAUCUGGAGAAGGUAUCGGAAGUUGGAGCUUGGAUUUCGGAAGCCAUCGGGAGGAAGAAUAAUAGUAAAGUUGGACCGGCAUUAUUGGCGAAGAAGCCGGAGACUCCAGCUUCCAGUUAA